GUGCCUCAUGCCCGAUUCUCAAGCCCCUGUCGAUGCUGCAGUGCAUCGAAAUCGCCUUUUACAUCGGUGGGGUGGGGGUCGGGCAGGCAUACCUCUCUCCUUGAGCCUCUCCGAAUUUGCGUUAUCCCUCUACAAGACCCGCAUUCUCCGCGUCAGACUCAGCCUUUACUACAUACAUACAUACAACAAACACGGCCAAACGGCAAGGAUCUCGUGGUUCUCCCAUCCCUCCACUCCCUCUGCCGUUUACAGAAGGUCCGGCAAUGGCAGAAACUUUCGGCAUCAUCACCGGCGCUCUGAGCGUAGCAGCGCUGUUCAACAAUGCCGUCGACACCUUCGGCUACAUUCAGCUCGGCCGCAGUUUCAAGCAAGACUACACAACAUGUCAGCUCAAGCUCGAGGUCGCUCGCGUUCGGCUAGGUCGCUGGGGUGAAGCAGUCAGCAUCAAUGAAAGCCCUCGCUUCCCAAGCGAGUUUCCCGUGCGAGCUAUGCUGGGUCAGAUCAACAAUUUGUUCUCAGAGUUACACGAAGCGUCAGGGCGGUACGUGAAAGCCCCUACGACGAGCGAUGCCGAACACGCCAUAUGCGACUCCACUACCGACCUUGAUAAGCCUGCAGUCAAGGUGCUCACGGUCUUUCGGCGCAUCACAAAGCGUCGCGAGAGAAAGGGUCCCGGUUGGAUGGAGAAGACGUACUGGGCGAUCUACGAUGCGAAGAACUUCGAAAAGCUCAUCGCAGACGUGGUCCAGCUCGUUGAUGGUCUAUACCAGGUUGCCCCGCCACCAGGUGCAAUUAGGGGCCAGCCAUCCCCAGAGGUAGUCGAGUGGGAGUUUGAGGAACUCGACAAUGACGCUUCUAGCCUGAAGUUAAUUCAAGACGCCUCUGCGGAUGUCGACAAUGCCUUAUACGAGACGACUACUGAGAAGAUAAAGGCACUAGGCAGUAGCGACAACUCCAUCGGGAAAUUCUCCUCCGUAGACGAGGCUGAAGCCCGGGUCGGCGAUGAGUGGACUGCUGAGGCGAUGAGGGCUGCCGGCUCCAAUUUCAUGCUUAGAUCUACGCGGAAUAGAGUGGGUGAAGCAGAGAUGAAAGGCAAGUCGAAGCUCAUUGUAGGGACAAUCUACAAGUAGUCACUCUUUGCUUCGGACGGCGGAGAGAGAGGUAUUUCUGUAGGAAUCCUUCUUAUAUGGCUACAUUGGAUAGCAAAGCGAUUGAUCGUCUGCAGAUCACUACUGUCCCGUGACCAAAACUGGCCCUUAUGGGUGUCCGUCAACACGCCUGUCAUGCGGACUACAGGAGAAAACUAGAAUACGCUUGAAUCGAUGUCAUGCGGUGCAAAACGAACCGGUUUCAAAGGCAGAGACGUAACAGAAUAGCAAAGCACCGGACGCUGGUCAUCACUCCCCCGGAUAGAGGGCAUGUAACAUGACUCUGUGGCUAAUCAUAG